GAGAAGAAGAAGAAGAGCGUUGGAACCGUUCAACGGUCACUAUGAAAGGCUUAUAUGUCCAGCAAGGUGCAUCAGAAGAUGAAGUGAAAUUUGUGUAUCAAGAACGGAAAAAUGUUCCUGUGGCAAGUGACAAUUAUGUGACCCUUCAAGUUAAAGCCUGUGCUCUAAGCUGGAUAAAUGCAAAGCUUUUGUCAGAAAUAAAACCGGAGGAGGAUAUUUUCCCUGUUGGGAGAGAAAUUGCAGGAAGAGUUUUGGAAGUUGGAAAUAAAGUGUCCUUCUUCCGACCAAAUGAUGAAGUGGUUGGAAUUUUACCCAUGGAUUCUGAAGAAUCUGGCCUUUGUGAAGUGAUCAGAGUUCACGAGCAUUACUUGGUGCAUAAGCCAGAAAAGGUCACUUGGGUCGAAGCAGCGGGAACGAUCCGUGAUGGAGUUCGUGCCUAUACAGCUCUGCAUUAUCUUUCUCACAUUUCUCCUGGGAAAUCAGUGCUGAUAAUGGACGGAGCCAGUUCGCUUGGUAUAAUAGCUAUUCAGUUAGCACACCACAGAGGAGCUAAAGUGAUUUCUACAGCAUACAGUCUAGAAGACAAAGAGUACCUUGAAAAGCUGAGGCCAACUGUGGGUGUAAAACAGCCUUUGGUAGCUCGAGUGAUAGAUGUGUCUAACGGGAAGGCUGCCAUUGCUGAAAGCUGUUUGGAAGAAACAGGCGGCCUGGGAGUUGAUAUCGUCGUAGAUGCUGGAGUGAGACUGUACAGUAAAGAAGAUGAGUCACCUUCAAAGUUACAACUACUUCCACACAAGCAUGAUAUCAUCCUGCUUUUGAGCGUUGGUGGGCACUGGAUCACCUUGGAAAAAAAUCUCCAGCUGGACCCUCCAGACAGCAACUGCCUGUUCCUCAAGGGAGCCUCCAUCUCCUUCCUCAAUGACGAAGUGUGGAACUUGUCGAAUGCGCGGCAGGGGAAGUACCUUUGUAUCUUAAAAGAUGUGAUGGAAAACUUAUCAAAUGGCAUCUUCAGGCCUAUGGUGGAUGAACCCGUUCCUUUGUAUGAAGCCAAAGGGACCAUGGAAGUUGUUCAGAGCAAUCAAGCGAGAAAAAGACAAGUUAUUCAGUUGUGAACCCGUUUCCUGGUUUCCAAGCCAGAAGGCUCAAGGCUUUUAUGUUAGUGUGUAAACAUUAUGAUAGUCACUUCUUAGGUGACUCUGUAAGGGGAAUUUUAAGUUCCCCCACCACACACCCCAGUUCAUAGAAAGGAGUUUUGUGAGAGGAUGACUUGUGGCGAUAUCUAGUUUCUGUUCAUCCAACGUAUUAGAAACUGUUAACUGCUUUAAGAUUUGAUUAUUACUUCCAAGAAAUGUGACCCACUUUAGAACAAAAGGCAUUUGCUACCACACUUGGCAUAACGUUGUGGUUUUCUUGAUGGCUUUCAGUUUUUUCUUUCCCCUUCUCUCUCAAUGUAAACCGCUCUACAGCGUCACGGUUUUUUACAGGUGGUUGUAACUCAAAAGUGUCCAGGCCUUGAAAAUAUUUAAUGUCCGUUAAGCACCUAAUUUUUCCUCACAGAGUUAUUUUUUCUCACAACACCUAGUUUACGGCACACGGUACUUACUGAGUCCCCUUCAUUCCUCCUGACUGGGGAGACUCUUUUAGGGAAAACGCUGAUAAAGCCUUCAAAUCCGAAACGUUAUAGUUUUUCAUCUUUCCAACUCUAUAUAAAUUGUGACCUGUAUAGAUUGUGCUACUUUAGUGUUGGCAUAUAUCACUGUGUGUGUUAUUUUUAUAGGCCACGAUGUGUUAAUAAGCAUACUUUUCUCCAUUCCUUAUCCUAUAAAUAAUCUUUAAAACCUGACUAAUGUGGAAAACA